AUGGAAUCCCCGGGCAUACAUCCGGAAUCCCCUAUGGAGCAGGAGGAUAUUCCGUUCCCUUGUAUGGGUUGUGGAGAUAUUCUCGAGGAAGGAAAGGCAUUUGAACUUUCCGGACAGAGAUGGCAUAUCGAUUGUUUCCGCUGUAGCACCUGCGGGACUCUUCUCGACUCCGAUGCACACCUCUUACUCCUUGGCGAUGGCUCCCUUAUUUGCAGCAACUGUACCUACAGCUGUAAUUCAUGUGGCAAUAAAAUCGAGGACCUAGCCAUCUUAACAGGCGACCAGGCCUUCUGCGCCCAGUGUUUCCGUUGCCGCAACUGCAAGAGAAAGAUCGAGAACCUACGUUACGCCCGCACGUCACAGGGUAUAUUCUGCAUGGACUGUCAUGAAUCUUUAAUGCAACGAAGGCGAAAGAAAAAAGCUAGUGCAGCAAGCAAACGGCCAGGUGGGCCGGGAGUCAAACUGGACAAGUCGCUGCCUUCAUUGCCCCCGAGCAUGGAAGAAACCCGAUCGCUUGAUGAGACCCCCAGUGAGACCUAUGUGGAGCCUGGAGAUGGUUUGCGGAGCAGGGGAGACGGAUCUGGCGAGAUUGGUCAAACCGAGACCUCCCCCAGCCAGCAGGCUGCUGCAACGGACAACCUCAUUCUUCCCUCCAGCACCUACCGAAGCAGCCGCCAAAUUGGCGGACCCCGCGACAACGACGCAGAUGCUGGCGGAGAAUUUCUCAUACCUCUUGCCUUCGAUCCUUCUGAGUCCCAGCGAGCCUCUUCUCGCGCACAAUCGCAGGAGCCUACUCAUGACUACUUCGGUCAGCUUCGGUCUGGUGAGUCGUCUGUAAGGGCUUCCCGUGACGGCCGAGAAUACAACCUAGAACUCCCCUCCCGUACUUCUUCUGAGUACCCUUCGCCCCAUAUUGCAUACCAGGAGAAAGGUUGGGAAACUCGCGAGACAGAGCCUGCUCGUCGUGACGCAGACGCAAAUGGAAAUAUGGAAGACAGACCAUCGACUACACAUUCUCAGGCAGCUAAGCUUGGCAAGUCUGAAUCGGCCCGCAGCUCCAGGUCGGAUUUGCCAUUGGCGCUGAGAGAACACAGCACGUUCUCGAGUGCUACCAGCCCUGACAGCAAUCUAUCAAAGGAAGCUGCCGUCUCUGGUGGUCUGGACAGUGCCGCAUCAGGCGCUACCCGCCCCUCCCACGAGCUGCGAAGACUUCAUGAACAUACCUCUGUGGAUUCAAAUCGCUCCCAACCUACUUCCAGUAUCGGCUACCAACUACCGAAGCGAGGUGAUUCGCUUGAGAGCAAGCAUCACAAGAUUCCUCGGAAGGAAGCCCCAGCAUCCCCUUCAUCCUCAACUUUUGGCGGCUCCCCCAGGUUACCUGACAGUGGUUCAGAGCUGCAAAAACAGAAUAUUACCUCAGUCCCCAAUGCCCUAUCUGAUUCUCAGCGACAGCUGGACAGCGCUGGCUCGCCGUCCUUGCCACGUUACAGCACUGGUGAUUUCCCUGACGACGAACUAGCACGUUUCACAGGUGACGACCAGACAAGUGAGUCGUUCUUGCGCCGCGUCUCCAAUUCCGUCCGCCACGGCCGGUCUUUCAGCGAUAAGAGCGUACGACUAGGAAAAGAUGCAAAGUAUCCCAGAUCUCCCCCCAAUGGAAGCUUUAUCGGGUCUGAACUGGGCAGUCCCACCGCCAGCACCUCGCAAGCUGAGGAAAUUGCUUGGCUACGCAACGAAUUACGCAAGGAACGCCAACGCAUGGCGGAGAUGGAGGCUACUCUGCGUGCCACUGCAGAUGUCAAGCAGGUUAAUACAGAACUCUCGGAAAAACGCUCAACUAUGGUUGUGCUCGAUGCCCAAAGAGAGAUUGUUUUACGUGAGCUUAAUGUGCUGACCGAACACCUGGAAGCGGAAAAGCGUGGUGCUGCUGGUGGCCCAUUGGAUCUUGCAAAGCUUUCGAACCACGUCUUGCGUGAGCUUGCCGAAGCAAUUCAAAAACUGAAGGACUCGUACGCCCCACAGAUCGAGGAGCUCAUUCAAAAGCGCAACGACCUCACAGAAGAGCUUGCGAACCUCAACCGACAGAAGGAGAAGACGUUCCAGGAAUUCGAACAAUUGUCAUCGAAGAAUGCCCAACUGGCGGAGCUCAACAACCAACUGGUACAUCAGAUACAGGGACUCUACAAGACCAGCUCAGAUGGUCGUGGUCCUAACGGUUUGGGGAUCUCCCACAACAAGGAAAAGUCUAUCGCCUCGAUCGAGGCUUUGAAACCUGCCAUCAGCGACCUUGCGCCCUCAAUUUCCACAGCGCACAUGAUAGAUGAUACCGAGACUACCACAGCUACUGCCACUGUCGUUCCCGGGCCGCAGGUUGUCAGUAUUCGCAAAGGCCAACCCCGCAAGUUUAAUUGGAAGAAGGGUGGUCAGAACGUUGCAAAGGGUGUCAAGGGUCUCAAGGGCGCAUUCAUGUCCAGCGAGAAUGCAGAGGGCGGGGGCGGUCUUCCGCGCUCACAAACUCAAGACCCGAGUCGUCAGGGCUUCGGUUUCUUCGGGAACCAGAGAAACAAGCAAGGCGGCAAGAUGUCGCAAGCCGACAGUGUGCCGGUCUUGGCUGAAGUUUCAGGAACCACUCUUUUUGGCACUGAUCUUAUUGCGCGCAUGGAACAUGAGAAGAGCAUCAUUCCCUCCAUCGUCACUCGCUGCAUUCAAGAGGUUGAAUUACGAGGCAUGGACAUGGAAGGUAUCUACCGUAAAUCUGGUGCCGCGUCCGUCAUUCAGGUCAUUCGUGAGGGCUUUGAGCGCUCUCCUUUCGACUACGACAUCUCUGACCCCGAUCUUGACAUUCACGCUGUCACCUCUGCCUUGAAGCAGUACUUCCGCAAGCUGCCCACCCCCCUGAUUACAUAUGAAGUUUACGAUAAGGUCAUUGAGACCCCAGAUAUCCCAAACACCGCUGCACGUAUAGAGAGUCUUCAGAAGAGCCUUUCUGAAUUACCCCGAGUGCACCAAGAUGUUCUUGAAUUCCUUGUGUUCCAUCUGAAACGCGUCGUGGAACGUCAAGAGGAGAACCUGAUGACCAGCCAGAACAUUGCCGUCGUCUUCGCCCCCACUAUCAUGCGGCCUGAGAGUCUGGCCCGUGAGAUGACUGAUGUGCAGAAGAAGAAUGAAGUUCUCAAGUUCCUGGUUGAAAACUGUCAGGAGGUCUUUAUGGGGAUGCAAGGCUAA